GGCAAUCAUGGUGCCGCUGGGGAGGGGAGAAGCUGCCGCUGCCGCCGUUGCCGGGAGCCGCGGAGACAGGUCAUCACCUCUCCAUUUCUCACAAUUGGGCUGAGCACAAUUGAACCAUGGGGGAACACAGUCCAGACAACAACGUCAUCUACUUUGAGGCAGAGGAAGAUGAGCUGACCCCCGAUGACAGGAUGCUCAGGUUUGUGGAUAAAAACGGACUGGUGCCUUCCUCAUCUGGAACUGUUUAUGAUAGGACAACUGUUCUUAUUGAGCAGGACCCUGGCACUUUGGAGGAUGAAGAAGAUGAUGGACAGUGCGGAGAACCCUUGCCUUUUCUAGUAGGGGGUGAAGAGGGCUUUCAUCUAAUAGAUCAUGAAGCAAUGUCCCAGGGUUAUGUGCAACACAUUAUCUCACCAGAUCAGAUUCAUUUAACAAUAAACCCUGGUUCCACGCCCAUGCCAAGAAAUAUCGAAGGUGCAACCCUCACUCUGCAGUCGGAAUGUCCAGAAACGAAACGGAAAGAAGUAAAGCGGUACCAGUGCACCUUUGAGGGCUGUCCCCGCACCUACAGCACAGCAGGCAACCUGCGCACCCACCAGAAGACUCACCGAGGAGAGUACACCUUUGUCUGUAAUCAGGAAGGCUGCGGCAAGGCCUUCCUCACCUCCUACAGCCUCAGGAUCCAUGUGCGAGUGCACACGAAGGAGAAGCCAUUUGAGUGCGACGUGCAGGGCUGUGAGAAGGCGUUCAACACGCUCUACAGGCUGAAAGCACAUCAGAGGCUUCACACAGGGAAAACGUUUAACUGUGAAUCUGAAGGCUGCAGCAAGUACUUCACUACUCUCAGUGAUCUGAGGAAGCACAUUCGGACCCAUACAGGAGAAAAGCCAUUUCGGUGUGAUCAUGAUGGCUGUGGAAAAGCUUUUGCAGCAAGCCACCACCUUAAAACUCAUGUCCGUACACAUACUGGUGAACGGCCCUUUUUCUGCCCCAGUAACGGCUGUGAGAAAACAUUCAGCACUCAAUACAGUCUCAAAAGUCACAUGAAAGGUCAUGAUAACAAAGGACACUUAUACAAUGCACUUCCAACUCACAACGGAUCAGAGGAUGCAAAUCACUCACUUUGUCUGAGUGACUUGAGCCUUUUGUCCACAGAUUCUGAAUUGCGAGAAAACUCCAAUACAACACAGGGCCAGGAUCUCAGCACACUUUCACCAGCAAUCAUCUUUAAAUCCAUGUUCCAGAAUUCAGAUGAUACGGCAAUUCGGGAAGAUCCUCAGCAGACAGCUGCCUUGAUUGAAAGUUUUAAUGGUGAUGCAGAGUCAGUCAGUGAUGUUCCGCCAUCCACAGGAAAUUCAGCAUCUUUAUCUCUUCCGCUUGUACUGCAGCCUGGCCUCUCCGAGCCACCCCAGCCUCUGCUACCAGCCUCAGCACCGUCUGCUCCUCCGCCUGCUCCCUCCCUAGGAACUGGUUCCCAGCAAGCUGCAUUUGGCAACCCCCCUGCUCUCUUACAACCUCCAGAAGUGCCUGUUCCCCACAGCACACAGUUUGCUGCUAAUCAUCAAGAGUUUCUUCCACACCCUCAGGCACCGCAGCCCAUCGUACCAGGACUUUCUGUUGUUGCUGGGGCUUCUGCAUCAGCAGCAGCAGUGACAUCAGCCGUGGCAGCACCGCCCCAACCACAAAGUACUACUGAGCCCCUGCCAGCCAUGGUCCAGACUCUACCCCUGGGUGCCAACUCUGUCCUAACUAAUAAUCCCACCAUAACCAUCACCCCGACUCCCAGCACAGCUAUCCUGCAGUCCAGCCUGGUCAUGGGAGAACAGAACUUACAGUGGAUAUUAAAUGGUGCCGCCAGUUCACCGCAAAACCAAGAACAAAUUCAGCAAGCAUCUAAAGUUGAGAAGGUGUUUUUUACCACUGCGGUACCAGUAGCCAGUAGCACAGGGAGCUCUGUACAGCAGAUUGGCCUCAGUGUUCCCGUGAUCAUCAUCAAGCAAGAGGAGGCAUGUCAGUGUCAGUGUGCAUGCCGGGACUCUGCCAAGGAGCGGGCGGCUGGCAGGAGAAAGGGCUGUUCCUCCCCACCCCCUCCAGAGCCAGGCCCCCCGCCUCCUGAUGGGCCCAGCCUGAAGCUGCCACCACAGACUUUCUCCUCACCCUCUGUCCCCCGGUUGUCCUCAUCUGCCAUCCCCUCUUCCUGUGAGCAAAGCAGACAAGCAGAGACUCCUCCAGACCCUCAGACAGAAACGUUAAGUGCCAUGGAUGUGUCAGAGUUUCUGUCCCUACCGAACCUGGACCCGCCGUCCAAUCUGAUUCCCAUUGAAGCACUACUGCAGGGGGAGGAGGAGCUGGGCCUGACCAGCAGCUUCUCCAAGUGAAAGGCCCGGAUGUGCUCCCCUCCAGGAAAAGGCAAGCAGGAAGCAUACAUAAGGUGGGGUGCCUACCUUCAUGAGACCUGCAGUAUGAAGGAUGAAGAAAUCUACUGUUUGAAAUCCUCACCUUUCAGAUGUAUUUUCUUUAUUCAUAUCCCAGGAGCAUCCAUUUUAAGGAACUGGUCUUUGGGAAAAAAAAUAACAAAACAAAACAAAAAAAAGCUAAGUUAUAAAUGAACUGUUUGGCUGCACUGUAUGUCACUUUUGCUUAUUGUCAUGUGAACUUGGAAAUUAAGGUUACUCGUAUGCAUAAAAAUUCUAAGGGAAAGGGCGUGGUUUCCAUCAAUCUGAUGUUGCCCAUCGCUUGCACUGGGGCCUUGUGGUCUGGGCAGUGGAUUCAGUGUGCCAAGCGUUGCUCCUCCCUGUGUGUCUUUUGAAUCUGAGGCUGAAGCUUGCUCCAAAGGCCAGACCCUCACUCCAUCAGAGAGGGAAAUGGCAAAGGUAGGUCAGACAGCUGUGAGCUGGACAGGAAUUGGGUGAGAUGGUUUUGCUAUUUGCGCUUGGUGUCAGUGGAGCUCAGAGUGACUGUAGCAGGUGUCAUCCUGCAUCCAGCUGCAGCACAAGUGGGCAGCUAAAAGCCUGACCUGAAGCUGUGCUGAUGAUCUGGUUCUUUGGGGGCCCUAGCAAGCUGUUUGCUAUCUGUCAAUCACGUGUGUGCAGAGCAGGCUCUAGCAACGUGAUCACACUCUUUGCCUUCCUGGUUCUUUCUGUCUCUCAAUUGGUUGCCAGGGUUUGCAGAUCACAGUAAAUUUUUCUUGGGGAACAUCCCUCUUUUGUCCUAGAUUGGACAUAUGGGCUGAUGGCCAGCUGCUGGUCAGUGCUCUGCCUUCCUUUAAUGGUAUUUUUCUUCCUCAGAGCAGAAGAGCUGUGUUUUGCUUAUCAGGUGUAGCGUUAAGAGAGGUUUUUAAAGGUGGCAUGUAAUUGGCAGGCCAGGUAUUCUGGUUCCAGGUUCUAGCCAGGCUUUUGGUUGCCCCUCUCAUCUCCACCUCUCACCCCUCUGAAUUUUGCAUACAGCCUAGUACAGUGCAAAGAAGGAUGUGACUUGCUCAGCUUAGUCACAUGAUGUCUAAACAAAAACAAAAAUAAAAAACACAAAACGAUGAUCUUCUACUCAGGGUAAAACAAACAAAAAAUUCCCCUUCCACCAAAAAGCCUGAAAUGUUGCAAUACGUUGUCUCAUUUGGAAUGUUUCACUAAGUUGUGUUAUAGGAAAGAAGAAUUGUUUUUUGAUUUGUGUGUAGAAUUACAUCCAUCUGUCUGCCUUUGGCUCCAAGUCAUUGCCUCUAAACAUAAUCAUAAAGUACAGUCCACACUUAAAUGGAAAGUUUCUCUCAGCUGGCUAUAUUAAUGCAGUCAUGAGUGCUCACCAAGCUCACUGAGCUCAGAAACUGGGCAUGCCACAGUGUCUAGACUAGGCCUCUGCCUCCCAAGAGCCCCUUCCCCACCUUGAGCAAGGAGCAGGGUUCCACAAACAGCUGCUCUUCAGAGUCAACGAUGUCAGACAGAAAGUAGCCAUAAUUUGCCUUCCUUUUCCACUCCCUAAUGUAAAGAGAUCUAUCUGCAUUUGUCACCCUCCUGUUCUCUGAGCCAAUACUCAGGGCCAGCCAAGACAGUAUCCAGAGCAGAUCAUUUUGGGAGCCAGAAGCCCUGCCUUUAAUAAGAUGUUCAGGGACAGACUUGGACAAGAGGGCAGUGUUGGUGAGCGUUGUUACUGCCGUGAGAAAUGGGCUUAGCCACAAGCAGCUGGUGGUUUCUCAUUCCAGGAGUCUAGGCAGGAGAAUUGGUUUCCUUUUGACUUUCUGCACUCCCCUCCCCCAAAAGCUGGUGGGUUCUGGAGACCAUUGACCUCAGCAGAAGUUGAUAAGGCAGGAGGAAUCUAUUUUACCAGAGCGGGUUGAUCCUGGAAAACCAACUGCUGAGCAUGGCUUGUCCUUGGCUGUCUCUGCACCUUGCCACCAUAGGAAGCUGUUUUCCCCUUCUGAGAGAGCAGCACAAUAGGAUCCCAAAGGUAGUUCAUAUAGGCGGGCAGGAAUGACCUCCUCCCACAUAGAGUCACCUGGGAUUCAGUUCCCUGGGAGCAGGUGGGAAACAGGAGCCCAGGGGAAGCCACUAGAAGGUCCAUGGUUUACAUGUUGCUUCUUUCUGGUAGCCAGGGAUGUGCUACCGUGUUGAGCCUACCCAGGUCAGUAGCUUUUCCCUUCUCCAAAGGUUGGGGGUGAUGAAGAAGCAUCUUAAAACAGUGUUUAUUUAGGCUGACAGGCUUUUCUAGUUGAAGUAUCUGUCUUUGGAGGGUGGUUUGAGAUUGCAAGGGGGACUAUCAAACCCAAUCGGCUUUUGGAAAAUCAGUGUGCUUAAAAUGUCAGUGAGUUGUUGUAAAGAGCAGAUUUAUUCCACAGGAUAGGCAGUCUUUCUUUUCCUUCCUCUUCCAGCACUCUCCUUCCCCACCCCCUCCGGUAAACCUGGCCUUUAGUGCCAAGGACCUUGGAGAAGAGCGAGCUGCUGCUGAAAGUGGAGCCAGACAGAGCCUUCAUGGAGGGUGUGGUUUCCCAAACCUGGGGAUGAGGCUAGUUGGUAAGGUUAGGGAAGGUCUGCAGAUUUCUAGCAGGUGAAAUCAAGCCUUUUUUCUUCCCAUGGUAACCUUAACCAUUUCCACCCUGCAGAUUUAUAUUUCCAGUCCCCACUAGCAUCUCUAGUUAUACUGCUCCUUUACAGGGUGCUAGUCAGAGUCAGGGUUUGGAGUUCAUGGGCUUAGGAGGUGGGAAGAAGCUUUGGCUGGCACCGCCAAACUGCCUUAGUGAAUUUGGCCCUUCCCAGGCAGUGAGGGAAAAUGGCCCUGCGUUUCCUGGCAGGGUCUGGUCAGCCUCAUGGGGGCAUCACUAGUUUGGUGACAGGAGUUAGUGUCAUUUAUUGAAUUCCCUAUCUCCCCCCUACCCCCAUCCUUUUAGAGGGAGAUCUUGGUACAAAGCCUGGGAGGGGCCUUAAUGUGGGUAGAAGCAGGGACUCCCCUUCACCACCUCUGGGAGAGUCAGAAGCUUGGAGAGUUUUAUCUUCAGUGUCAAGGCAGUGGACUGAUGGGUUUAAUGGAGGGUGGGUGGGUUUCCUGAGAGACUUUGUAUAAUGCUGAAUGUGUCCAGAGGGACGAGUUUGCAGAACCUCAUAUUGGUAUAUUAAAGAAAUAAUAAAAUAAAAAAGCACUUUAGGUUAUUUUAUCUUUAACCCAAUUGCUGCAAUUUCUUUUGUUUGUGUGUGUGUGUGAGAGUGUGUGUGUGUGUGAGUGUGUGUGUGUGUGUGUACUUUCCACAAAGUUUUAUUUUUUGCUCAGAAUAAAAAGUUAAAUUGAGGUGUGAAAAGAAAAGCACUUACCUUGGUGCAAUAUGUGUAGCUUGACAGUCGUUGUCCCAUGUUGCCCUGACCUGGCGGUAUUUUCUGCUCCAUCAGCCCUGUACCAGGAGGCUGUCUGUAGGGAAACACUAUUAUGCAUUCUCAGCAACUGCUCAAUCUAUGCAAGCCUUCCCUGUGUGCCUGAGGGCGCCCCCUCAGGCUCUCUAAAGAACUGCUGCGGGUCCUGUUUUCUUCUGCUGACUGUUCAGGCCCUUUUUCAUCACUACUUGCACCCUUGCCAUCUUUCCCCCCUUCACCAUUACAAAGUGAUGCCUGAAAGGAACAGGUUGUUCCUAGGUAGAAACCUGGCACCUUCUAGACUUUUAUAUCUGUAAUCAUGUCCAUUGUCCUUAAUCUUGAAGACCUCCAGAGUCACUGAAACCAUUGAUUUGUGGAACUUGCAACAGUAUUGCUAAAGACUUUUCAGUUUUCCUACAUCACCAAUCAGAAAUAUGUUUGGGGAGGUGUUAGUGGUGGGGAGGCAAGGUGAGCCAUUUUCUUACUGCUCCCACACUGCCCCUGUUGGCUCUUUAAGCAAAAAUGGACUCCAGCCUUGGUUAAAUCCAAUAAACAAAGCUGUUAAAAGUUUACUUUAUCAACUCUUUUCCUUCCCCAUCACUCCUCUCUUGUUCCCCCUCCUACCCCAUUUUAUCUUCAUUCUCAGGCUACUAUACAAUAGGAAAGUUUAAAAAUGCUUCAGCCAAAGCAGAAAGAUGUCCAUAGAUCCAACAUGCACAGUUCUGCUGUGACAUAGAUUGGAAUUGUUCAUUCCUUAAUAUUAGGGAGGGGUAGGCAACAAAACUGAAUUAUGCAUAUUUCUGAUUGGUAACCAGUUUAUCCUGUUUCCUUUUGGACAGUUUUGGGGAAGCUGAUGACCACUGUUUGGGCAUUUCUCACUGUUACGCCUGUUCAAGAGAGGGCUUCUUAGUCUGCACUGAAAAUGCAAAUUAAACUGGAUCUUUAUGUCAUUGUGUACAUAUUACAAGCUUUUUUACUGGAUGCAAAGUUUAAAACCACACACUGCCCUUUUGGUGGUGUGCCUGCUGGGCCAAAAAUUGGGUGAUGAUGUGUCACUUUCUCAGCUCAAUGCAGUUUCUACUCUUUUUCUUACGGGAAAGUUUUUCAUAAAACCUUUUUCACCAAAACCCAGGGGCAUUUUUUGCAAUAUCCUUGUUAUCCUCGUAGUGGUGCCAAGUCAGAGGCCUCUCUUGCUCUCUCCCCUGUGUCCUCAGGCCUCCCCUAGGGUGAUGUUUGACUCUACAGUCUAGUCCUUUGUUGUUUUUUUUGGUGAAUGUGGGGGUGGAAGUUGGAGUUCAAGGUGGUUAUUUCCUUUCCCUGUGAACUCCUAGUCCCUGUUUGGGGAAGGUGGCUGGAAACACGGUUUUGCUGAGUCUCUGGCUUAGAUCUUCUGGCCAGGAAAGGCAAGACCCGCGAGAGCCUUCUUUUUUGACAUACACUAGUCAUUGGCUGGAGGUCUUGGUGACAGUUCUUUAAAUCCCAAAUAGUUUUGUUUGGAUUAUGUAAAGCCUAUCAAAUUCAUUUAAGUGUGAAACAUGGGAACAACGGACUUCCACUGAGCGAUAUGAAAACGUUACAGGUUCAGUACUUCCAAAGGAAGAAACCUCCAAACCCAAAAAAGUAAAUAUGAAUUUGUAUUUUUGAAGAAUGUGAAAUAAUGGUGUUUGCUUAAUUGCUCAUUUUGUAUAAACUUAAUAUUGUACUUUAAAAUAUCUGCUACGAAGUGAAAAUUUAACUUUUUGGAAUUGAAAAAGCAAUAUUAAAUACUAAUGAGAUCCUAAUUAAAUGCUUAUUUAAAUCUG